UCCAUUUACAGUAUUUCACCCUAACUCCCCCCUUCCAAGCCCCUUGUUAUCUAACAUAAUGGUUAGAAUACAUUUCCGUCUCUCCCCUUAAUAAUUUCAUGCAUUAACAUCCUCUUCACAUCACACGCGCGCGCGCGCGCGCACACACACACACACACACACACACACACACAGCAAAAGGAAAAAGAGGCACCAGAAAUCUCAGCUGUACUUCUAGCCCUUUUAAAAAGUUUGCUCUGUAAAUUGGAAUGAGGUCAGAUUUGGAGCUUCUCAUUGCACGCGGAGAUUAUUAUUGCAUCGGGUUCCAAGCCAAUGAGAAGCCCGGGGGAGGGGCUUGGCAUGAGGAAGCGUUAGUUACAGCGGCUGAUUGGCUGUGGCCAAGACUGUGAAAGGAUAAAGAGGCGCGAGGCGGAAUUGGGGUCUGCUCUAAGCUGCAGCAAGAGAAACUGUGUGUGAGGGCAAGAGGCCUGUUUCGCUCGGGGUCUCUAUUUCUUGCACUCUCUUUAAGAGUCUGCAUUGGAGAAACUCUGCCAUUACCAGCUCCCUUCUUGCAGAAGGGAGGGGGAAACAUACAUUUAUUCAUGCCAGUCUGUUGCAUGCAGGCUUUUUGGCUUCCUACCUUGCAACAAAAUAAUUGCACAAACUCCUUAGUGCCGAUUCCGCCCACAGAGAGUCCUGGAGCCAGAGUCUUUUUUGCUUUGCAUUGUAGGAAAGGGACUAAGUGAUAGAGACUAUGUCGCUUUCCUAAGCUACCAAGCGCGCUUGUGAACUGGAAACAACUGCUUCAGGAGGGGGAAAAAAAAGACUUCCCUGGGAGCCCGCGAAAGAACUUGCAUUGGAAGCUUCAGCAACCAGCAUUCAAGAAACUCCUCUCCACUUUAGCACGGUCUCCAGACUCAGAGCCGGGUGAGAGCUAGAGCGAGGGAGAGGGAGACUCUUCAGCCUGGGAACUAUAACUCCUCUGCGAGAGGCAGAGUACUCCUUCCUCGCAUCUUUUGGUGACUUUUCUCUCUUCGCCCACCUCCGCCCCUGCGAAGAGUUGAGGGGCCAGUUCGGCCUCUGCGCGUGUUCUGCUCGGCGUGUGUUUGGCCCCGGGAGCCGGGAGGGCCCGGCGAUCGCGCCGCGGCCGCCGCGAGGGUGUGAGCGCGCGUGGGCGCCCGCCGAGCCAGGGCCAUGGUGCAGCAAACCAACAACGCCGAGAACACGGAAGCGCUGCUGGCGGGCGAGAGCUCGGACUCGGGCGCCGGCCUCGAGCUGGGCAUCGCCUCCUCCCCCACGCCCGGGUCCACCGCCUCCACGGGCGGUAAGGCCGACGACCCGAGCUGGUGCAAGACACCGAGCGGGCACAUCAAGCGGCCCAUGAACGCCUUCAUGGUGUGGUCACAGAUCGAGCGGCGCAAGAUCAUGGAGCAGUCGCCGGACAUGCACAACGCCGAGAUCUCCAAGCGGCUGGGCAAACGCUGGAAGCUGCUCAAAGAUAGCGACAAGAUCCCUUUCAUUCGGGAGGCGGAGCGGCUGCGCCUUAAGCACAUGGCUGACUACCCCGACUACAAGUACCGGCCCAGGAAGAAGGUGAAGUCCGGCAAUGCCAACUCCAGCUCCUCGGCCGCCGCCUCCUCCAAGCCCGGGGAAAAGGGAGACAAGGUCGGUGGCAGCGGCGGGGGCGGCCAUGGGGGCGGCGGCGGUGGCGGGAGCAGCAACGCGGGGGGAGGAGGCGGCGGCGCUAGCGGCGGCGGCGCCAACUCCAAACCCUCUCAGAAAAAGAGCUGCGGCUCCAAAGUGGCUGGCGGCGCGGGCGGCGGGGUCAGCAAACCUCACGCCAAGCUCAUCCUGGCGGGCAGCGGCGGCGGCAGCGGGAAAGGAGCGGCCACCGCCGCCGCCUCGUCCUUCGCCGCGGAGCAGGCGGGGGCUGCCGCCCUGCUGCCCCUGGGCGCCGCCGCCGCCGCCGACCACCAUUCGCUGUACAAGGCGCGGACUCCCAGCGCCUCGGCCUCGGCCUCGGCCUCCACAGCGGCCUCGGCCUCCGCCGCCCUAGCGGCGCCGGGCAAGCACCUGGCGGAGAAGAAGGUGAAGCGCGUCUACCUUUUCGGCGGCCUGGGCGCGUCGUCGUCGCCCGUCGGCGGCGUGGGCGCGGGCGCCGACCCCAGCGACCCCCUGGGCUUGUACGAGGAGGGGGGCGCAGGUUGUUCGCCCGAUGGGCCGAGCCUGAGCGGCCGCAGCAGCGCCGCCUCGUCGCCGGCCGCCGGCCGCUCGCCCGCCGACCACCGCGGCUACGCCAGCCUGCGAGCCUCCUCGCCCGCCCCGUCCAGCGCGCCCUCGCACGCGUCCUCCUCGGCCUCGUCCCACUCUUCCUCCUCCUCCUCCUCGGGCUCCUCGUCCUCCGACGACGAGUUCGAAGAUGACCUGCUCGACCUGAACCCCAGCUCAAACUUUGAGAGCAUGUCCCUGGGCAGUUUCAGCUCGUCGUCGGCGCUGGACCGGGACCUGGAUUUUAACUUCGAGCCCGGCUCCGGCUCGCACUUCGAGUUCCCGGACUACUGCACGCCCGAGGUGAGCGAGAUGAUCUCAGGAGACUGGCUCGAGUCCAGCAUCUCCAACCUGGUCUUCACCUACUGAAGGGCGCGCGGGCAGGGAGAAGAAGGGCCGGGGUGGGGGGGCAAGAGAAGAGAAAAAAAAAAGAAAAAAAGAAAAGGACAGAAGAAGAGUUGAAAGAGAAAAGGGGGGGGGGAAGGAAAAGAAAAAAAAAGUGAGCAGGGCUGGCUUGGGCCGCGUCCCCGCGGUCGGAGAGGAGAGCGCCAGCGUUUGGGACCCGCGCUCCCAUCCCCCACUUCCCCGGGCCGGGGACCCACUCGGUCCAGCCGGAGGGACUCGGAGGAGGCAGAGGGUAGACAGGGGCGACCUUUUAUUGUUGUUAUUGAUGUUGUUGUUGAUGGCAAAAAAAGCUACUUCGAGUUUCCUCCCCUUGGCUUGAAGAGCCCCCCAUCCCCCUUCUAAGGAGCUUCCGGACUUGUCUGCACCCCCAGCAAGAAGCCGAGUUAGUUUACUAGAGACAGAAGGAAUCUCUCCCCUCUGCCUUCUCCACCUUGGCGGUGUUUUUGUUUUAUUUUUGUUCUUUGGUCAAGAGAAGGUUGGAGGGGGCAAUUGCGCCCCCCCUUUUAAUGCUACAUGAAGACAGAAGGCUCCGGGGUGAUGAAUUUAGCCGAUGGCAGAUGUUUUGGGGGAGCGCCCAGGACUGAGAGACCCCAUGCUGGAGAAUUCUCGUUUGGGUUUUUUCUUUUUCCUUUUUUUUUUUUUUUUUUUCCUUGCCCCUGCAGCCGGAGGAGGAGAUGUUAAGGGGAGAAGGCCAGCCAGAAUGACCGGAGCUAGGAAAUGACCUGAGAACCUAGUUGGAAGCCGCACCAGCCAGGGCGAGGGCGGGGGCAGAGAAGGACACGAACUGGAAGGGGGCUCUUGAUCAAACUGAAACGGAUUUGCACGCUCGGGAGCAGGCGGCGACGGCUCCUGGGCCUCCGCCUUCUUUCUCUUUGAGAUCGGUGAGGUGAGACUUCCCAGACCCGGAGGCGUGGAGGAGAGGAGACUGUUUGACGUGGUACAGGGGCAGUGGAGGGCGAGUGGUAUGGGGGGAAAAAAAGAUUUUUUUCUUCUCUUAAUCGGAAUCGUGAUGGUGUUGGAUUAUUUCACUGGUGAGGUUAAUAUAGCAUGUUAUCCUGUCUAUCUUUUAAAGAUUUCUGUAUAAGACUGUUGAGCAGUUUUUAAAAUAGUGUAGGAUAAUAUAAAAAGCAGAUAGAUGGCGCUAUGUUUGAUUCCUACAACGAAAUUAUCACCAGCUUUUUUUCAUUCUUAACUCUUUAAAGGAUUCAAACGCAACUCAAAUCUGUGCUGGACUUUAAAAAAACAAUUCAGGACCAAAUUUUUUCUCAGUGUGUAUGUGUUUAUUCCUUAUAGGUGUAAAUGAGAAGACGUGUUUUUUUCCCUCACCGAUGCUCCAUCCUCGUAUUUUUUUUCCUUGUAAAUGUAAUCAGAUGCCAUUUUAUAUGUGGACGUAUUUAUACUGGCCAAACAUUUUUUUUUCUUAUUUUGUCCCUUUUUUCUUUUCUUUCUUUUUACUUACUUUAUUUCUUCCUUCCUUCUUUUCUUUAAUUUUAUUUUAUUUUUAAUUUUUCUUUCUUUUUGUUUUGGUAGUAGUUGUUACCCACGCCAUUUUACGUCUCCUUCACUGAAGGGCUAGAGUUUUAACUUUUAAUUUUUUAUAUUUAAAUGUAGACUUUUGACACUUUUAAAAAACAAAAAAAGACAAGAGAGAUGAAAACGUUUGAUUAUUUUCUCAGUGUAUUUUUGUAAAAAAUAUAUAAAGGGGGUGUUAAUCGGUGUAAAUCGCUGUUUGGAUUUCCUGAUUUUAUAAUAGGGCGGCUGGUUAAUAUCUCACACAGUUUUAAAAAAAUCAGCCCCUAAUUUCUCCAUGUUUACACUUCAAUCUGCAGGCUUCUUAAAGUGACAGUAUCCCUUAACCUGCCACCAGUGUUCACCCUCCAUCUCCAGUCUUACAGAAAGGGGAGGAGAAAUAGCCAAACACUGUAUGCUUUUAAGAAAAACAGAUCUUUUAACGAGACACUAUUCUGUCCAGAGGCUUUAAAACUGGUACAUUUACAGCAAAAAGGGAUCCUGUAGCUUUAACUUGUAAACCACAUCUUUUUUGCACUUUUUUUAUAAGCAAAAACGUGCCGUUUAAACCACUGGAUCUAUCUAAAUGCCGAUUUGAGUUCGCGACACUAUGUACUGCGUUUUUCAUUCUUGUAUUUGACUAUUUAAUCCUUUCUACUUGUCGCUAAAUAUAAUUGUUUUAGUCUUAUGGCAUGAUGAUAGCAUAUGUGUUCAGGUUUAUAGCUGUUGUGUUUAAAGAUUGAAAAAAGUGGAAAACAUCUUUGUACAUUUAAGUCUGUAUUAUAAUAAGCAAAAAGAUUGUGUGUAUGUAUGUUUAAUAUAACAUGACAGGCACUAGAACGUCUGCCUUUUUAAGGCAGUUCCGUUAAGGGUUUUUGUUUUUAAACUUUUUUUUGCCAUCCAUCCUGUGCAAUAUGCCGUGUAGAAUAUUUGUCUUAAAAUUUAAGGCCACAAAAACAAUAUUUGGGGGAAGAAAAAAGUAAAAAAUCAUGCCAGCUAAUCAUGUCAAGUUCACUGCCUGUCAGAUUGUUGAUAUAUACCUUCUGUAAAUAACUUUUUUUGAGAAGGAAAUAAAAUCAGCUGGAACUGAACCCUAAA